AUGAUUAUAGGUAUAUUUACAAUUGAACAAGCAAUUUCACGUGUAGGUGUAAUUGGUGUAACAGUUAUGGCUAUGUUAUCUGGAUUUGGUGCCGUGAAUGCUCCUUAUUGCUAUAUGACUUUGUUCAUGCGACCCGUUGGGCAGAUACAAAUAGCGCAGAUGGAACGAAAACUUAUGCAUACUAUGGAAAUGAUUGUUGCAAAGAAAAAACGAUUGUGCGUUCUGGAAAAAGAAGUUGCAUUAAGCGCUUUUACGCAAGGAAGCGACAAUCAAGGAAAUCUCUUGCAGAAACUUUGGGGUUCAGUAUCAUUUUCUUCAAGCUCAUUAAAAGAUCAGAUAAGCAUGCUUAUCUCAGAAAUAUUACCUUUGGAAGAACUCAGUCGCUACUUGUUUCUAGAAAUUGUUGAACUACGAAAUAUGAGAGAACGUAUGGAAUAUAGUAAAACUUGGCAAGGACAGUAUUUCAAUAUAGUGGGACAUUUUUUUUCCAUUUAUUGUAUGUGGAAAAUUUUUAUUUGUACUGUAAAUAUUGUUUUCGAUCGAGUUGGGAAAGUGGAUCCAGUUACGAGAGGAAUUGAGAUUGCUGUUAAUUAUAUAGGUUUUCAGCUUGAUAUUCGGUUUUGGUCACAACACAUAUCAUUCCUAUUAGUGGGUGUUAUUGCUGUAACUUCAAUACGAGGCCUUUUAAUAACCCUAACGAAAUUCUUUUACAUGAUCUCUAGCAGCAAGUCAUCAAAUCUGAUUGUCCUUAUUCUUGCUCAUAUUAUGGGCAUGUACUUUGUGUCAAGUGUACUUUUAAUGCGAAUGAACAUGCCUCAUCAAUACAGAUCCAGCAUUACCGUCGUUCUGGGAGACUUGCAGUUCAAUUUUUACCAUCGAUGGUUCGACGUCAUGUUCCUCAUUUCAGCUUUGAUCAGUAUUGCUUUUCUGUGGUUAGCUCAUAAGCAAACACCAGUUUCAACUGAUUUAUAA